CGGUCACGGGGCCGGCGCGGCCGCAGCGGCCGGACAGGGCAGGGGACGGCGGCGAGCGGAGCCACCACCACCAUGAUGUGGAUUCUGCUCUUCCUCCCGCUCCUCAUCCUCGGCGGCGCCGCGUCCGUCGUCACCCCCGGUCUGGCUGCCGGUGACCGGGCGCUGCUGGCCGAGCUGGCGGGGCUGGCAGAGCCCGUCCCUCGGCGGGCACCGGGCAUCCCGUGCCGCGCCCUCGGCCCCGACGCCCUGCCCGGUUUCUCGCGGCUGCCGCCGCUGCCCCGCGCGGCGCUGCUGCGGGGGCUGGCGCGGCUACCGGGCGCUCCGGCCCCGCGGCCGCUGGCGCUGCUGCUGCUCAGCCUGGCACGGCCGGGGGGCUCUGCCUGCGUGGAUCCCACCCGGCUGCGGACCCCCACGGAACCCACGGCACCCUCGGGCUGGCAAUUCCCGGUGGUCCGGCCGUGCCGCGGCGCCGUGCGGCGUCGCCGGGAGGACGAGGACGCCUGCAGCCCGGCGGGGGAGCGGGAAGCCCACCGCGUGCUGGACUGGGUGCCGGGAGUCAGCGUCUUCUACAACCUGGGCACCAGCGUCUACUUCGCCUUCCAGGGCUGCCAGGCCACGGCGUCCACGCGGGCGCUGGAGGCCGCCGAGGACCUGGGCUACGCCGGGCUGGCGGCGCUCACCGGGGGCCUGGGGGGCCCGGUGGCCUUGGGGGUGCAGCUGGGGCUGCAGCCGGGGCUCAAGGCGGGCGUGCGGGCGCUCGUCGGGUACUUCACGUCGGCCGGGGAGCCCUCGCCGGUGCCCACCGCCCACAGCGGCGCCGUGGUCAUCGUCUGAAUAAAGGGCACGUGUGGCACUCGG